AUGAGUAGUAGAGACUAUAGAGAUAGAGGUGAUCGAGGGGAUAGAGAAAGAGAUAGAGGUGAUAGAGGUGAUAGAGACAGAGGUGACAGAGGCGAUAGAAGUGAUAGAGAUAGAGGUGAUAGAGGUGAUCGAAGUGAUAGAGACAGAGGUGAUCGAGGCGAUAGAGACAGUCGUGGUGAUAGAAGUGAUAGAGGAGAUAGAGGAGGUGAUAGAGAUAGAGACAGCAGAGGUGGUGGCGAUAGAGAUAGAGACAGUCGUGGAGACAGAGGUGACAGGAGUGACAGAGGAGGUGGAGGCGAUAGAGAUAGAGGUGGAUAUAGGAAGAGGAGUAGAUCACCACCUCAUCAUCGUAAUAGUAAUAGUAAUAAUAAUGGUUAUCAACAACAACAACAACAACAGAUGGUACCUCCACCUCAACAACAGAUGCUGCCUCAGCAACAACAGCAAUUCAAUCCACAGUUUAUGCAACAACAACAACAACCAAAUAUGUACGGCCAGCAACAGAUGCAACAACCUCAAUUCUAUCAACAGCAACAACAACAGCAACAAUUCGCUCCUCCUCAUAUGCAACCUCAACAGCAACAUCUACAACAGCAGUCGCAGCCAAGGGCGAGAAAGGGAUCACUGUGGGACAGACAACCGGAUCCCAACGAGACAAUCGUGCCAAUUGGCCAGGUGUACGUCAGCCAGGCACUGCAGGAGCAGCAUCCCGAGUAUGUCGUGGCCAACCAGAUACCCACCCAACCCAGUCACCCCGUCAACCAGUCGACAAGCUACCUAGGUGUGGCCGGCCACUCAACCGCUGCGGCAGCCACAGCGGCAGCAAGCACCCUUACACUGGCACAGAAGCAGAGCCGUCGUCUAUACAUUGGAAACGUGCCACCUAACACAUCCGACGCACAACUGGCAGAGUUCUUGAACAUCGCGCUUCACGAGGCCAACCUCGUGGUGAUUGGUGGCGGCCCGCCAGUCGUGAGCUGUCAGGUGUCGCCCAAGUUGUUUGCCUUUGUCGAGUUCCGCUUUGGUGAGGACGCCACGGCCGCCCUCUCGCUGGAUGGCAUCACGCUCAAUGGCUUCUCUCUCAAGAUUCGUCGACCCAAGGACUACCAGGCGUCGGUGGAGGGCGGUCUGGCCCCGCCCCCAGUGCCCGUCCCUCACGCCGCCAACCUCUCGAUCAUCAGCACCAACGUUCCAGAUGGCGAGAACAAGAUCUUUGUUGGUGGUAUCCCAUCAUCAUUGAGCGAGGAUCAGAUCAAGACAUUGAUGUCAUCAAUUGGACGACUGAGGGCGUUCAAUCUCGUCAAAGACAAGAAUGGUGUCUCCAAAGGCUUUGCAUUCUGCGAGUAUAUGGAUCACGCCAACACCGAGAGAGCAUGUAACGAACUCAAUGGAGCAAUGUUUGGUGACAGAGCAUUGGUAGUUCAAAUAUCAAGCGGAGGAAGAGGACCUCCUCAGCAACAACAACAGCAACAACAACAACCGCUACAAGAUAAUCCAUACGCCCAAAGCACACCCAACAAGUAUGGCGGCAAGUACGAGUCUGCCACCUCCACUUUGUUGAACUUGAAUCUACCAAUUCCACAAGUGAUUGGAUUAGUUCGUUCCAGUGUACAAACUGAUGACAACACAACACCAUCAAGAGUUAUACAACUGUUUAAUAUGUGCGAUAAGGAUGAGAUACAGGACGAUGCCAAUUAUGAGAACUUGUUGAUCGACACGAUGGAGGUGAGCGAGGAGUAUGGCCAGGUCGAGUCAAUCUUUGUCUCGCGACCAAAGGACAACCCACUGGACAUUGUCCGUGUGUUUGUAAAGUUUGUCGAACUGGAUGCGGCACAGCGUGCCUGGGCCAACCUGGGCGGCAGGAAGUACAACUUCAGGACAGUGGUGUCGGCCUAUUAUCCCGAAGAUCAAUACACCUCCGAAGGUGUAGUCGACAAGCCACAACAACAUAAUCAACAACAUCAACAACAACAUCAUCGAUCAGAGUACGACAUGGAGUUGUAG